UUGUCGCCCGGCGCCCGUUGUUGUCCCUGUUUUUGUCGGGAAGGGGAGAGGAUCCGGUUCGGUUAAAUCGGGUUUAGGUUUCACUCCCGAGUGUUGAGCGGACAUGGCGGUGUGCGGGGUUCAUCUGGACUCGGACGCGUUCCUCGUCUGUUUAAAUCACGCCUUGUCCACGGAAAAGGAGGAAGUGAUGGGACUGUGUAUCGGAGAGGUUGACACAAGCAGGAUUGUUCAUAUCCAUUCUGUCAUCAUUCUCCGCCGCUCAGAUAAGCGCAAAGAUCGAGUGGAAAUUUCUCCAGAGCAACUUUCUGCAGCAUCUACUGAAGCUGAGAGGUUAGCUGAAAUGACGGGUCGCCCAAUGAGAGUGGUAGGAUGGUAUCAUUCUCACCCUCAUAUCACUGUAUGGCCUUCACAUGUAGAUGUCCGUACACAGGCAAUGUACCAGAUGAUGGAUCAAGGCUUUGUAGGGUUGAUCUUCUCCUGUUUCAUUGAGGAUAAAAACACCAAGACUGGCCGAGUUCUGUAUACCUGUUUCCAGUCAAUUCAGGCACAGAAAGGUUCUGAGUAUGAGCGAAUAGAAAUCCCUAUCCAUGUAGUGCCUCAUGAAACUAUUGGUAAAGUGUGUCUGGAGUCUGCUGUGGAACUUCCAAAAAUCCUUUGUCAAGAAGAGCAGGAUGCUUAUAGAAGAAUUCACAGCCUUACACAUCUGGACCCAAUAACUAAGAUUCACAAUGGAUCAGUUUUCACAAAGAAUCUGUGUAGCCAGAUGUCAUCCAUUAGUGGUCCUUUGUUACAGUGGCUGGAGGAUCGCCUUGAUCAGAAUAAACAGCAUAUCCUGGAACUUCAGCGGGAAAAGGAACAACUCCUCCAAGAACUAGCAGCCUUAAAGUGAAAGCAAUCAUAGGACCUAUGGGAAGAGGGACAGAAAAUUGCACUCCAGUUGUUCUUCUGUUACUGAUGGACAAGGAAGCUAUUGGAUUGCAACAAAGAUCUGUAACAAAGCUUUUGGGUCAUGUUAAAGACUCCCCUUUUGUUGCUCUUCAUCUUACUUGCUUAUCAAUCCACUCUUAUGUCCAGACAAAUGGAAAUGGACACAUUAUAGCUUUGAUCAGCUUUUGUGUCAAAGGGAUAUUGUUCUAGUCCUUUUUGGAUCGUGAAGUCCACAUUUCAGGUGUCCUGUACCGGAAUUUGUGGCUCCAUUUACAUGAAGUUGUUGGAUGAAUUAAUUUUCUAUUGAUGUUUUAUCUAAUCAUUGUUUCAGUUGCACAGUGUGAUUAUAGAAGUUACUUCAAUUGAUAUUAUUUCUUGAAACCAGGGAAUUUGUUGACUAUUGAUAAAUUUGUCAACAAAGUAAUGGCUGCUUGUGUUUUUAUUUGUGGCUUGCAUAUUGGAUAGCCUUUAGCCAAUAGAUGUUCUGAUUACUUUAUACUCGCCAGCUGUUGGAAAAUUUAAGUGAAUACUGGAAAAUACCUUUCAAUGCCACAAAAUGUCAGCUAAAUCUAAAGUGGUGGGACUGUUGAUUUCUCACUAUGUUUCCUGUGAAAGUAAAUAGUGAGUAGAAAAAAAAUUCUCUGCUGACAAUUUUCUUUUUGACUUCAGUAGAUUUAUGAUGGUUUGACAUCAUUGCAUCACCAACCUGCAUUUUAUUGACUAAUUCAAGAGUUUGGACUAUUUCAAUGGCAUCUUUGAUUGUAUCAUUAAUUUAGACAAACAACAUAUCUGAAUCUUCAGUAAGAGAAGGACCAGUUCUUCCAGCGCCUCUAACCAAAGAGGAAUUACAGGAGCUGUGGAAAGAGGAUCAACAAAUUGUGUGCAAACCAACCAUUCUUUUGUUAGAGAUGAGAAGGGAAGCCAUUAACCUGCAAAGAUACCUAGAUUGGCUGAAUAAAUGUGACAGCAUUACUUUACAAUCUGUUAUCGCUUCCAGUACUUAAACAGUCUUGAUUGUGUCUUUAAUUUCUUUGUAUGGCACAACUAUUUUCAUUCAGCUCUAUGUAUUGGUAUCUGAGUUGGAAAGGAAUAUACUCAUUAUUCAUAUACAUCUGGUGAACUGUUAGGCUAGUACUGCCACAAUACAAUCUGUAAUACAGUGCGACUCUCAUUCUUUGUGGAAUUAAUUGAUCCAUAUCCCACAAUGACUGGUGUUCCACUUGUCAAAUUGUAGUUUCCAAGCAUAAUAACAUUUUUGACCUGUACACUAAUGUUGUUCUAAUUGACCAUUUAUGAUUUCUGGUGUAGUUUAUUGACCUCUGCAGAUAAACCAAAGCAGCCUGUUAGUCUUCAGCAUAGAUAUGCACUGAUGUGGGUAAGGUUUGAAUUGGAUGUUUAUAUUCAAAAUGUAAUUUGUAAUUAUACAUAAUUAAGAAUAAAGCCUGAUUUCUACUGAUCUGAAAUCAGAUGUGAAAA